AUGAACUUCGAAAACCGGGUUGUUGUGGUGACCGGUGCAGGCAAUGGUAUCGGCCGUGCUUAUGCACAUGAAUUUGCCCGUCGCGGAGCCAGAGUUGUCGUCAAUGAUCUUGGUGGUUCGGUGGAUGGCCAGGGCAGCGACAGCGCCACGGCAGACGGUGUGGUUGCAGAGAUCAGAUCCGCCAACGGCCACGCCAUCGCCAACUACGAUUCAGUACUGGACGGCGCACGCAUAGUCGACUCAGCCUUGCGCGAGUGGGGGCGUAUCGACGUUCUCAUCAACAAUGCGGGCAUCGCCUACGCCACGCCUUUCAAGGACAUGACACCUGAGUUGUGGAAACGGAUGCUGGAUGUGCACAUUGAGGGUAGUUUCCAAUGCACACAGGCCGCGUGGCCGCACAUGCUCGAAGCCGGUUACGGUCGGCUGCUCUUCACCUCAUCGCCUUUCGGCUUGUAUGCAGCAGCAAACUUUGCACACUACGCCGCAGCAAAAGCGGCCAUGCUGGGGCUCGCCAAGGCGCUCGCGCUGGAAGGGAAGGCGCAUGACAUUCAUGCUAAUGCGGUAGCGCCGUUCUCGGCAAGCCGUAUGACUGGACGCUCCAAUGAAGAGCAGGAAGCAAGCCCGUUUGGUCCCCGUUAUCUUGCGCAACUCGCCGUUUGGCUGUGUCAUGCGGAUACUCAAGAGACAGGUGGUGUGUUCGAGGUCGGUGGCGGCUUUGUACAUCGCGUACGCAAUGAACUGAGUAACGGUUUGCAUCUGCCUGGGGACGAGUACUCCGCGGAGAACAUUGCCGCCAGCUCCUCCACCCUGGACGAUUUCAGUGCCAGCAUUCACCCUGGUUUAGGCGAAUCCUGGACCAUAGGCAGAGACCCCAUUUCAGCGCUGGCGAAUGCUGUGGCUUUUGCGCGUGAAGCGGGCAGUGCUCAGCUGGUCAUUUACGCGGGUGAUGAGUGUCUGCUGAACGAGGCUUUCAGUCCUGCUCCUGUAGAUGUAUACGCAGUACAGAAAGGCCUGGUUGCAAUUCUUACAGUCAAAGCUCAGCAGAUCGGUCUGCUUCAGAUCAGUGACGCCAUCAAUCAACAUCUGGGUCCGGGAUGGACACAACUGGGCCCGGCGGACGAAGCCAGGCUGACCAUUGAAAACCUGCUGACCAUGACCACCGGUAUGGACGAUGAUUUACAACCGUUGGGAGAGAUUGGUCGCAGCUGGCGCUAUAACAAUACGGCGUACCAAUACCUGAAGAAAAUUCUAUGUCUACGUGCCGGCCACUCCCUGCAGGCAUUGUCCGAACUUUGGUUGUUUGAACCCCUGGGCAUGAAACAGACCACCUGGGUGGAACGUGCAUCCUUAAUGCCCGAUGGCACACCGAUCACGGGUUUGAUGUCCACGGCCUGGGACCUGGCGCAGAUGGGUCGGUUGAUACUGGGGCGAGGCAGCUAUGAGGGAAACAAGCUUCUGGUGGAUGACGGUGUGUUUGACCGGCUUAUUCAGCCGGGUUCCGAGGAGAACCCUGCGUGGGGUCUCUUGUGGUGGAACAAUCGUGGUAGCCAUUACCCGAUACCCAUGCAGGAACAUAAGGUUGUGCCAGGCUCCAUUCUUCCGAACGCACCGGCUGAUCUGAUGGUCGCCAGAGGCGCAAUGCAGAACCACGUCUCGGUUUCACCUUCGCUGAAUCUGGUGGUGGCUCGAACCACACAGGUGCGUGCGGUUGUCAUAACCGGCAGUAGCGAUGAAUUUUUCGUACGCCACUUUUCGGUCGAAGAACUCGACGAUAGUGCUCAAGGGCAUGGUGCGCAGUGGGAAGUGAGCAUGAUCGAUGUGCUCCUGCGUCUUGAAGCGCUGCCUAAACCCGUCAUCUCCGCUUUGAACGGGACCGCUAUGGGUGGCGGGCUUGAGCUUGCACUGGCAACAGACAUUCGCGUCGCGAAGGAUGGUCCUUUCCGCUUUGGGCUCCCGGAGAUUUCAGUGGGCAUCCUGCCUGGUGGCGGGGGUACUCAGCGCUUGAGUGCGCUGAUCGGCCGUCACCGCGCGCUGCUGAUGAUGUGGCGUGCGAAACUCUGCACGCCGAGCGAAGCGCUCGAGAUUGGCCUCAUCGAUGAGUUGGUUGACCUGAACGAGAAGGCGACGGCGUUGGAUCGCGCCAUAGAACUGGCAAGCGAAAUCGCUGCGCGCCCUCCCUUAGCGGUAGAUUGUUUGGUGAGCUUAUGGCUACCGAUGACGCUAAGCGCUAUGAAGAUUGGCUGCAUACCCAUAAACAUCGGCCUUGAUGGGGAAUCAAUGGUACGCAUCGCACAGCAUGCGGAGAAUGUGGGUGUUGAAUCACUCUGGACCUUCGAGCACGUCAUGGUGCCCGAAGAUUAUGUAUCAAAAUAUCCGUACAGCGCUGAUGGAAAGAUGGGCGCUGCACCGGAAACCAGCUUUCUUGAUCCACUCAUCGCGUUGGCCACAAUUGCCGCGCACACAAAAACUAUCCGUCUGGGCACCGGGGUCAAUAUCCUGCCGCAGGUCAAGCCCCUGUUGUUGGCCAAACAAGCUGCGAGUAUCGACGUGCUGUCCGGUGGACGGCUGAUGCUUGGGCUCGGUAUUGGAUGGCUGCAGGAAGAAUUUUCUGCCAUGGACACACCUUUUGAAAAGCGUGGCGCGCGCUUUGAUGACUACAUUGCCGCCAUGAAAAAAGUCUGGUCAGGUGAUGCCAUUGAACACGAUGGCGAGUUUGUUCAGUGGCAGGGGUUCAAAAGCUACCCAUUGCCGGUACAGCAGCCUCUGCCUGUUCACAUCGGUGGUUCAAAAGGCAAGGUGAUGCAGCGCAUCGCCCGCUAUGGCGAGGGAUGGUACGCCCCUGAGGCUGCGCCAGAUCGCAUGCGCCAAUCACUGGAUGAAUUGCGACAGGCAUGUGAGGCGGAAGGCCGGGAUUUCAACACAAUUGAGAUCACCUCUAGCGGCAGCAUGGACGCAGAUCACAUCAAAGCGCUGGAAGAGGUUGGCGUGCACAGGGUGACGCUGCCGCUGUUUGGCCUGGCCGGCGAAAAGGAAUUAGGGUUUGAUCCGGAUGCAUUGAGGGAGAAGUACCGCCUCGAACGUGAUAAGCGCCUGCGACCAGAUGGUAGUAAACAGUACCAGGAGGUUACAGGCGAUUUUGCUCGUUAUGUAGACGACCCUUAUGUCGAAGAAGUGAUCGCUCGCGAUCCGCUGUUUGAUGACGUCGAGGUUGUCGUGAUCGGCGGUGGUUUUGGAGGGCUCAUUACCGCUGCACGACUUCGCGAGGCAGGGGUAGAGAAGAUCCGCAUGAUCGAAAAAGGCGGCGACUUUGGCGGCACGUGGUACUGGAACCGCUAUCCCGGUGCAGCCUGUGACGUGCAGUCCUACAUCUAUCUACCACUGUGCGAAGAACUUGGUUACGUACCUAAAGAAAAAUAUGCGCACGCACCGGAAAUCCUGGCUCACAGCCGCAGGAUCGGCGAGCACUAUGAUUUGUAUGAAGAUGCCUGUUUUCAAACGGAAGUGUCCGGGCUUGAAUGGAAUGAAGAUGAGGCUCGCUGGAUCAUCAGUACAAAUCGUGGCGAUGCGAUGCGCGCUCGGUUUGUAGUGAUGUCGAACGGACCUUUGAACCGCCCGAAACUUCCAGGCAUUGACGGGCUAUCCGAUUUCAAAGGGCAUACGUUUCAUACCAGUCGUUGGGACUAUGACUACACAGGUGGUGGUCCGGAUGGGGGUCUGACCGGGCUCGCAGACAAACGGGUAGGCAUCAUUGGUACGGGUGCCACCGCGGUCCAAUGUAUUCCCCAUCUGGGGGAGGGUGCAAAGGAGCUGUUUGUGUUCCAACGCACCCCAUCAUCGAUUGAUGUCCGCAAUAACAAGCCCACCGACGAAAACUGGGCUGAAAAUCUUCAACCAGGAUGGCAGCGGGAGUUGAUGGAGAACUUCAACUCACUGACUUCCGGCGAAGUGCUGGAAGAGGACCUCGUGCAGGAUGGGUGGACCGAGAUUAUUCGUAAUCUCUUGUCUCUUUCGAACUGGCGUGCAGAGGGCGUGGACUGGUCUGAGAUACCGAAGCUGAUGGAAUUGGCGGAUUUCGAGAAGAUGGAGCAGAUCAGGUCUCGAGCGCAAGCUCUGGUGGAUGACCCGCAAACGGCCGAGGCACUCAAACCCUACUACAGACAGUUUUGUAAACGGCCCUGCUUUCAUGAUGAAUACCUACCCACUUUCAACCGGGAAAACGUGCACCUGAUUGACACCGACGGUAAGGGUGUUGAGAAAAUCACCGAGCGCGGAGUAGUGGCCAAUGGUGUCGAAUACGAGUUGGACUGCAUUGUGUUUGCCACAGGGUUCGAAGUAGGUACGGAAUACACCCGUCGCUCUGGAUACGAUCUGGUGGGUAAAGAUGGCCUUACCCUCAGUCAGAAAUGGUCUGAUGGCAUACGGACGCUCCAUGGCUUACACACUCAUGGUUUCCCUAAUCUGUUUGUGAUGAGCAAUGCGCAGUGCGCCUUCACCGUAAAUUUCCCUCACGCCAUGGAUGAAACGGCGACCCAGAUUGCGUACAUCGUGGACCAGUGCAGGCGCGGAAACAUUCGUACAGUGGAAGCCAGCAAAGAAGCGGAAGAUGCCUGGGUUGAGGAGAUUGUCUCGAUGGCUCGCUUCAGUGAAGAAUUCCAGUCGUCCUGCACACCCGGCUACUACAACAAUGAAGGUCAGCCGAAUCCCAAGAGUGUGCAGAACGCCAGUUAUGGUAAGGGCCCAAAUGCGUUCUUUGCGAAGAUGAAAGACUGGCGUGAGGAAGGCUCAAUGGCGGGGCUGACCUUGGGUUAG